AUGGCGAGCGGCUCCGGCGUGGAGCUCCUUCCCCUGAACGGACAUGAACUGCGCCAGCGGAACGUGAACGGCGAUGCCCCAAGGUCCUUCCAUAUCACGGAAGAGGGCAGGAAAAGGGACCAGGAGCUGGACAAGCACACAACAUGGGAGUUUGGAGGCCCUGCAGGCGUGACGGCUAUGAUGAUUGGCUUUCCGCUGCUGAUGUAUUACCUCUGGAUAUGCCUUUGGUUUUACGACGGCCAGCUUGUCUAUCCCCAUUCCACGGCAGAUAUCAAGCCCUUCCUCGCGAGAAUGUGGGGACACGUACGAGACGACGCAAGCCCCAACCUGUACGCCUGGAAGGUCUACAGCGGCCUCAUCGUUUACGAGCUCUUCCUGGCGUACGUUAUGCCAGGCUUCAUGCAAGAAGGCCUGCCCGUCCCCUCGCUCGGCUACAAGACGCUCAUGUACAAGUGUGACGCGUACCUCUCCGUCUACACCUCGAUCGCGACCGCCGCGGCGCUCCACUACUUCAACAUCUUCCGCCUCACGGCGAUCAUCGACAACUACGGCCACCUCAUGUCCGUCGCCAUGAUCUGGGGCUUCGCGGUCUCGUUCGGAAUGUACUUUAUCACCGUCGCGCGCGGCGAGCAGAUGCGCAUGUCGGGCAACUUCAUCUACGACGUGUUCAUGGGCGCGUGCUUGAACCCGCGUAUCGGCCCGGUCGACCUUAAGAUGUGGGCCGAGGUCCGCAUCCCUUGGGUGAUCGUGUUCUUCCUGUCGGUAUCCGGCGCGUGCAAGCAAUACGAGACGUACGGCUACGUCACCCCCAACAUGGCGUUCAUGGUGCUUGCAACCUGGUUGUACCUCAACGCAUGCUGCAAGGGCGAGGAGUGCAUCCCCCAGACCUGGGACAUGUAUCACGAGAAAUGGGGCUUCAUGGUCAUUUUUUGGAACUUUGCUGGUGUUCCUUUCACCUACGUCUACUCCGUCGUCUACAUGGCCUCGCACGACCCCGAGAACUAUCGGUGGUCCACCCCGGCCUACGUCGCCAUUUACACCACCCUCCUGACGGCCUACUACAUCUUCGACACGGCGAUGGCGCAGAAGUCGCACUUCAAGAUGCAGCAGCAGGGCAUCACCGAGUUCCGCAAACUCUUCCCCAACCUGCCGGGAAACACGGUCGAGAACCCGACCUACAUCCAGACCGCGCACGGGAACAAGCUCCUCACCAGCGGCUGGUGGGCGUGGGCGCGCAAACCCAACUAUACCGCGGAUUGGACGAUGAGCUUCACGUGGGGUCUCAUCGUCGGCAGGUGCUCGCCCAUCCCAUACUUCUAUUCCGUAUUCUUCAUCACCGUGCUCGUUCACCGGUGCGGUCGCGACUUCGAACGGUGCGCUCGCAAGUACGGCAAGGACUGGGAGCGGUACUGCGAGACCGUGCCAUACAGGUUCAUCCCUUACGUCUACUAG